AUGAUCGGCAGUACAGCACAGCAGUUCCAUACCUACCUGUCCCACAGAGGGGAGGAGACGGGCAACAUCAGAGGCUCUAUGAGGGUCCGCGUGCCUGCAGAGAGGAUGGGCACCAGGGAGAGGCUCUAUGGUAACACUCUGUCUGUCUGUCUGUCUGUCCAGGAAUCUGUGUGGAAAAGGACAAGGAAAGUGUUUGGUUGAUUGAUAUUGAUUGAUUUGUGUGUCCUGUAGAGUGGAUCAGUGUGGAUAAAGAUGAGACGGGAGGACCCAAAGGCAGAUCCACUCUGCCCCCCCGAUCAGGACACGACUACGUCAAGUGAGUAACCACCCCCCCCCCCCCCUCCCACUCCCAUUCCUAACCACGCUGUGGCGUAAAACCAUAAACUUCUUAAGUGUGUUCUAUAGUGUGUUCUAUAGCAUGUUCUUAGUGUGUUCUAUAGCAUGUUCUUAGCGUGUUCUAUAGCAUGUUCUUAGCGUGUUCUAUAGCAUGUUCUUAGCGUGUUCCUCCGUGUCUCGCAGGCCGUAUUUAACACGCAAAAACGUGGGGGCGGAGCUUGGGAAGGUGAGCGAGGAGGCGGAGAGGAGCACCAAGGAGGAGGGGACUGCAGCCAGGUAACACACACACACACACUCUUCUCACACACACACACACUCACAUUUACACAAACACACGCACACCUAAAGCUCCUGCUGUGUGUGUUCCAGGGCUAAGCAGGACUCUGCAGAGGGAGACCCCUCCGCCUGUAAGAACAACAGCUACAAUAACCCUGCCUACUACAUCCUGGAGGGCGUUCCUAACCAAUCAGCUGCCUCCCUGUCCUCAGAUCUCCUCCCCUCCACCUGCUCCCCCCCGGCCGGUAAGGUACUCCCAACUGGAGGGGGCAGGGGCAAGCCCCCCUCAGGGUCCUCCCAACCCCGCAGGCACACGGCUGGACACCCUGUCCGGCCCAUCGGUGAGGAGGGGUCCCCAGAGGAUGAUGGGAGUGUGGGGGUGGGGUUAGGGGGAGGGGCAGCCCUUGGGGGCGGAGCGGGUGGCACACUGAACCGUCCUCCUCCUGACUUCCCCCCUCCCCCCCUCCCUAAAGGAGUACUGGAGAUGGCUGACACCUCCUUCUCUAAACCCCGCCCCCUGUACCCCGACCUGGCCGAGGUGACGAUCCCCACAGCCAAUCCCAGUCCUGCCUUCGUCCUGGGGGAGGGCUUUAGGAGGGGAGCGGGAGGGGCCGGGGGGCUGGACGACCAAUCGUGUUCGGUGCUGCAGAUGGCGAAGACACUGAGUGAGAGCGAGUACCCCCCUCCCCCCCGUUCCCCCUCUGCACCCCCCCACCUCAGAGGCCAGGGGUUGGGGUUAGGGGACGCCUGUCGCACCUUCCCUCCCCGAGCCCCCAUCACAGAGAGCAUCGCUGAAGACCUACCAGAGGAGGUGGGUGUGGGGGUGUGUGGGUGUGUACUAUGAAUAGAACACAAAGAGAAGUGCUCAUGCACUCACUAACUGUAAGUCGCUCUGGAUAAGAGCGUCUGCUAAAUGACUAAAAUGUAAAAUGUAAUGUUGGGAAUAGGUUAUUAUUUUGAUGUAUUAAUGAAAAACUUCUCCAGUCUCAAAGUGUGUGUGUGUGUGUGUGUGUGUGCGUGUGUGUGUGUGUGCGUGUGCGUGUGUGUGUAGGCGCUGUGGGGAAGCAGUAGCUCGUCUCUCUCCGUGGGGGAGUCCUCUGUGGGAGAGUGGUUACAGAGGCUGGGGCUGGAGCGAUAUGAGGAAGGUCUGUUACACAACGGCUGGGACGACCUCGAGUUCCUCAGGUACACACUCUCUCUUCCAAUCAGAUAAUAUGUCGGUAAUAAAACAUGAAACAUGUCACUUCAUGAAUGUCAUCCAACCGUUGUUCUUCCUUCUCAGUGACAUCACGGAGGAGGACCUAGAGGAGGCGGGCGUUCUAGACCCUGCCCACAAGAGGAUUCUGCUGGAGAGCCUGAGACAGCAGACGCAGCAG